AUGGCGCAUCUCUCAGGGAUUGAUCAACGCCGAGAGCUUUAUCCUUUACUUUUUAACCGUGCUAAUAAAGUGCUUGAUCCUUCAUUAAACGUUAGAAUAUCCUCAUAUUUCAGCUUUGAUAACUGGACAAUAAUCAAAAAAAUCGACGAGGGAGGAUUUGGCCAAGUUUAUAAAGUAUGUAGUAAUUCUCAUUUACCACCGGCAUUAAAAGCAGAGCCUACUGAGAUUGAAGGCGGAUCGGCACUUAAACUGGAGAUGGCUGUGAUACGAGCUAUAACGGCAGACGGCGAAAAACCGCACGUGCCUAUGGUAUUUCAUGCCGCAAAACGGAGACGAUUUUGUUACAUGAUUAUGACGCUAUUAGGAGAAAAUCUUAAAGAACUAAGAAUGCACUGUCCAAAGGAGUUCAUGAGUGCACACACAUGGUCAAGAAUCGGUAUUCAGUGCCUAUAUAGCGUGAAACUUGUCCAUGAUUACGGUUUUGUGCAUCGUGACAUCAAACCGAACAAUUUCGUGAUGGGCUAUCGCGAAGAUUACGAUCGUGCGCGGAUUGUUCAUAUUCUGGAUUUUGGCUUGUCCAGAUCACGGUUGCGUUUUCUGAGCGGAUCGUAUAAAAAAUGGGUUCCCAGACGAGCACGUGGCACGGCCGAAUUUCGUGGCACGUUACGCUAUUGUUCGCCGAAUGUGCAUGAGAAGAAGGAACAAGGUAGACGAGACGACCUAUGGUCACUUUACUACGUCCUAAUCGAACUACACUGUGGACUUCCAUGGCAAACGAUAAGAGACAAGCAAAAGGUAGAAAUGGUGAAGAUGAACAUUAGCGACAAGGAUCUCGUGCUAAACUUUCCAGGUCAAAUAUUGUUUUACAUUUUAUAUAUCAGCUUUCACCAUAUUAACAAUCGAGUAACUCGAGUGAGCAACAGUAAGACAACCAUUCGUAUAACUUGCGCUACAAAGCUGUCACGGGAGCUGCACUCGUUGGACUGA